AUGUAUAGAGGACCAAGUAAUGGUGGUUUAUCGAGUUUAGGUAAAAGAGAUAGAGAUAAUGAUGAUGACGAAGAUGGUGAAAAGAAAGAUAAAUUAUCAUUUGAUAUUCCAAAACCAAUAUAUCCCCCAAGAAAAGAUAUGCCAUCUAUACCAAUAAUUGAUAGCGCAAAUUAUCGUAUGAUUGAAUACGUUAUUAAAUUAAAAGAAAGCAUCCCUUUUUCAAUUUACAAUCUUAGUAGAGAUUCAAUAAAACCAAAAGAUGGUAUUGAAAGAUAUUCAAAUAGGUUUGAGAAAAAUGAUGAUACAGGAUCAACAUUUGAAAUAGGUUUAGUAGGUAUAAAAUAUGGUUAUUUUCCAUAUGAAUUGGUUGUAAAUAAAAAGAAAACAAAGAAAAAACUCAAUAUGUCAAAUAAAACUAUUGAGGAAUUACAAAAAUUAGAAAAAGAAGGUGGUGAAGGUGAAGGUGAAGGUGAGGAAAAUGAAGAGGAGGAACCAGAAGAAGAGGAUGAAGGUGAUUAUGAUGAUGGUGGUGGUGUAGAUGAUGAUUCUGAUAUGGGUGGUGAUUCUGAUGGAGAUGGUGAAGCUACUUAUUAA